GGGGGAAUGGGUGUUGCAUACGUGGUUUUCCUCAAAACAAUGAGUAAAACGACAGUUCCAUUUUCCAUAUAAAGGAAACAAACCGCAAACACCACUUUUCUGAAGCCUUAACCAAAUAAAACACUCCAUAAAGUAUACUGCCUUCUUCGUAACCCCAAUCAUCACCAUUUUCAUCUUCUUCCUCUCCGUUUGAAGUUUCUUUCCAUACGAACCAAACCAAAUCCAGCCAAAACCAAUGGCGGGGCUUCCCAGUUACAGAAAUAAAGUUUUCCCGUUUCCACUGUUAGUAGUGGUAGUAGUAGUAGUAGUAGUGGCGACGAUGAUAAGUCAGGCAACAGUAGUUUUUGUGUCGGCAGAAUCGUCGGCGUGUGAAUUCCCGGCGAUAUUCAACUUCGGAGACUCGAAUUCCGACACCGGAGGGUUGUCAGCGGCAUUUGGACAGGCGGGCCCACCCGCUGGGGAGACGUAUUUUCAUGCCCCUGCUGGUCGCUAUUGUGAUGGCCGUCUUGUCAUUGAUUUUAUAGCUGAGAGUCUGAGAUUGCCACAUCUAAGCGCUUUCCUGGAUGCGUUGGGUUCAAACUUCACGCAUGGAGCCAAUUUUGCAACAGCUGGUUCGACCGUUCGACCCCAAAACACAACUCUACAUCAAAGUGGGUUCAGCCCCAUCUCCUUAAAUGUACAGUUCUACCAAUUCAGUGAUUUCCAUCGCAGGUCCCAACUCAUCCGCACACAAGGAGGUGUGUUUGGGGGAUUAAUGCCACAUUCAGAGUAUUUUUCUAAAGGUUUGUACACGUUUGACAUUGGUCAAAAUGAUUUAACUGCUGGGUAUUUUCUCAAUAUGACCACCGACCAAGUCCAAGCAUACGUUCCUGAUGUACUUGACCAAUUUACCACCAUUGUUAAGAAUAUAUAUGAUCAAGGAGGACGAUCAUUUUGGAUUCACAAUACGGGUCCCGUUGGUUGCCUGCCAUACGUAUUGGACCGAGUUCCAAUAACGGCAGGACAAAUUGAUGAAGUUGGAUGCGCAACUCCUUUCAACCAAGUUGCUCGAUAUUUCAACUCCAAAUUGAAGGAAGCUGUUAUUCAGUUGCGACACCAACUCCCGCAAGCCGCACUCACCUAUGUAGACAUUUACUCCAUCAAGUAUGAUCUCAUUAGACAUUCAAAGAAGCAUGGUUUUGAUCAUCCUUUGAGGGCUUGUUGUGGGCAUGGAGGAAAGUACAACUACAAUCUACAUGUUGGUUGUGGAGGCAAAAUUAUGGUGAAGGGCAAGGAAGUAGUUUGUUCACCGGAAUCCUUACCCCAAUGCACUUUUCCGGCCAUUUUCAACUUCGGAGACUCCAACUCUGAUACCGGAGGCCUAGCAGCGAUCUACGGCCAACCUUCUUCUCCAUAUGGCGAAACAUUUUUUCACAGGCCUUCCGGUCGAUUUUCGGAUGGCCGGCUCAUGAUUGAUUUUAUGGCUGAAACCUUGGGAUUGCCAUUGAUAAGUGCCUACCUGAGUUCGGUUGGUUCAAACUACAUGACCGGAGCUAAUUUUGCAACGGCGGGAUCCACAAUUAGGCCGCAAAAUACAACAUUUUUCCAAAGUGGGUAUAGCCCAAUUUCCCUGGAUGUGCAAUUGGCUCAGUUCUCUAAUUUUCAGGUCGCAUCACAAAUUGCACGUACACAACAACAAGGGGGAUAUCCUGAGAAGUGGUUGCCAUCGGAGAAGGAAUUUGGUGGCGCAUUAUACACAAUUGACAUUGCUCAAAAUGAUUUCACGGCAGCUUACGAACUUAACCUGUCCAUCCAACAAGUCAAGUCUAGUAUUCCUGAUCUAUUACACCAUUUCUCCAGGGCUAUCAAAGACAUAUAUGCAAAAGGUGGAAGGUCAUUUUGGAUUCACAAUACGGGACCAGUGGGUUGUUUGGCGUACGUUAUGGUUCGUUUGCCAAUCACAGCAGCUGAGAUCGAUGAAUAUGGCUGCGCAACUCCUUAUAACCAGGUUGCCCAGUUCUACAAUCUUAAGUUGAAGGAAGCCGUUGCCAAACUUAGAAAAUCUCUCCCUUUGGCUGCCAUUACUUAUGUCGACAUCUACUCUGUCAAAUAUUACCUCAUCACUAGAGCCAAAAAGCUAGGAUUUAAGAAACCGUUUGAGGUUUGUUGUGGACACGGAGGGAAAUUCAACUUCGACAGACAUUUGUUUUGUGGGAAGAAGAAAAUGGUGAAUGGGAAGAUGGUGAUGGCAAAAGGUUGCAGAAAUCCAUCAAGAAGGAUUGUUUGGGAUGGGAUUCACUUCACAGAAGCAGCUAACAAAUGGGUGUUUGAUCAGAUUGUCAAUGGCUCCUUUUCAGACCCUCCUCUACCUUUAAUUCAUGCCUGUCAUAGGAUACAUUGA